CGCAACAUAAUACGCCUUCACCUUUUACCUGCUUUGUCUAGCUGCUCUCCAGAUACCUGCAGCCAUUGUUGCUGCUUCUGCUAUUGUUUCGAGUGCUUAUCUAAUCAACAAUGUCAUCCAUAUUCCUUGGAUUCCAUCACAACCUUUACUGGUCCCUUAGAUUCCAUGUCUUUAGGCAUGUCUCCUUCAGUAUCUACCACUUUUUCUCCCUACUCGGCUUCCUACUAUUCAACCACAGGUUACUCUGUCCCUAUUAAUUCAUCUCUUCCCCUCAAUACAAUUAGUUCAAGCAACACCUUUACUUCUUUUAUUUCCUCUACGACUUGCACAUCCACGACCCCUUCUACAAAUACCGCUUCCUUUUCAGUCAUUCAUAGGAAGCCGACUUGGUGUACGUACAGAAAUACAGCAUCUAAUAAAACUUCAUUACUACCACCAACUACCAAGGUCAUAGGAUCUGUGUCAGCUAGAUCAUUUGACACUGGCCUCUUGUUAUUUUGCCCUCCUUCCACCAGCCGAUUGUCAUUUCGUACUGGCAGCCGCUCCCAUGACGUUGAGCCAACCAAAACAUCUGCAUCUGUUGCCACAGCCACUGCUUCUCUGCAGACCCAGUUAUCUAUGCAGGUCCCUCAUUCGAGUUUCGUCUCAGUCUCCUCUUCAUUUUCACCUUCAUCUUCAUUGUCCUCUUCAUCAGUCGCCUCUUGCCCACUUGUCUCAGCUUUUACACCAAUAGCCACCACACGCACUAUUGUCGCAGAAUCAACCUCGACUGACUUGUUUUCUCAGCAGUGGCAUGACCAGGAUCCCAUCACUGUUAGAGACAAGGUAUGUGAUAACGACAAUUGCAAUGAACCUUUUAUUGACAGUCCAUCUAAAAUUAGGCUAAAGGCAUCUAAAGCCCCGACCACUGACCUUCUGCGACUUAACCUUCAUAAUUUAGAAGAUCCGGUUUCAUCCCAAGCCUUGACUGCAACAACACAGUCCAAAGAAUUAUCAGCCACACCUACCUCAAGUGUCUUUGCUUCUAGAGCCUACUGUUUCUUCGGCCUCGCCCUCAGCUGCCACCGUCUCAACUAUCUCAAUCUCAACAGUUUCUACUUCAACAGCCACACCUAA